AUGGGUCUCCCCACCGCCGCCUCAGUGAAUAAUUUUCUUAGAAGUUUACAGAAAGACAAAAUGCAAAUGAUUUCCCAACAGUUACCGUACGAUAACCAUGUGCGUUGUUAAAAGCCGAGUUGCAUAAUAGUGUUUAAUCUCGCAUGUGCCAGACCCUAAUGAGCGCACAGUUUAAGAAGAAGCAAAAAUCCGGGGCAUUCAAAUAAGAACGUAAGAAGAAUUCAGCUGGAUUAGGCCAUCAUUGAUCCAAUGGUCCUUCCAGCCCCGCAUCCUCUUCUCACAGUGGCCCACCAGAUAACUGUGGAAACCUGCAAGCAGGAUUUGAGCACAGGAGCACCCUGCCCUCCUAUGGUUUCCAGCAGCUGAUACUGAGGGGGAUUGCUUCUUCUGGCGGUGGCAGUGCAUGGGCAUUGUGGCUAGUAGCCAUUGAUAGCUGCCUCCUUCAUCUUUUGAAUCCAUCCAAGUUGGUGGCCAUAGUUUAACUAUGUACUGUGUGAAGAAGUAUUUUCUUUUAUUUGCCCUGAGUCUUCCAACAGUCAGCUCUGUUGGAUUUUGUCCACGAGUUCCAGAGUUAUGAUAAGCGGAGAAAAACUUUUCUCUCCGCUUCCUCCAUGCCUGCUUUUAUAAACGUCUGUCAUGUAACCUCUGACUUACCUUUUCUCUAAACCAAAAGGUGGUAAAUGCUACCACCUUUCUUAAGUUUCUCCAUCUUGAUCAUGUUGAUUGCCCUUUUCUGAACCUUUUCCAACUCCACAAUAUUAUUGCACGCUGCCCUAAUCUCCGAGUGGUGCGAGAUUCCAGGAGUUCUGGAUGCUUGACCAAGGUUCAGUUCCCUUGCAGUGAAGAACUGCAGAGACAGUGGUGUCUUUAUGAUAUAUGAUUUAUUUACACAUAUAUACAACCUGAGCCUACAAUGGAGGGGCCCACCGCAUUGACACCUCAAGAGGGUCUUGCUUCUCCUAUGGCUACAGCUUUGGAUUCCAGCAGAAAUCAGACAUGACUCAUACAGCUUCUCUCUCCCCCCCCCCCCCCCCGCAACUCAACCAGAACUGUACACAGUAUUCCAAACGCAGUUGCAGCAUAAUUUGUAAAACUGCAUUUUGAUUCUGAAAGAUUGGAAGUUCCUCUCUACUCUUCCCAUGCAGGUAUGUCUGCCUACAGUGCAAGCUGAGUGGUACCCCAGCACUUCCAACAUAGUGGAGCAUAAAUUCCCACCGUGGUUCUCAGCCUUGUGCCCUAUGCUGGGAAGUUGCCACUUCAGUUAAAGGAACCCAGCCUGCUCCAAUGAUCUUUUAUUCCAAUGGAGCAAGGGUGGUUCUGGGUAUACUGGGGCUUUUGUGAUGGUGUUCUUUGAGUUCCAGGAUGACAAUGGGGCAUCCUCACUGGUGCAGGGGAGGAGACUGGCACUACAGGCUCAUGUUGCAGAUGUGCUUCUGGGACUGGCCCUGCAUGCAAUUUCCUCCUCUGGCUCAGAGUUCUCUAUCUUAUCCCCUGAAAACGGGGAAUCUGAUCCCAAGGUCAUGACACCAGUGGUCUUUAAAACUGUUCUCCCCGUGUGUUCUCUGUUGUGCAGUCAAAAGGGUACUUAUGAACAAUUGUGUGUGUGUGUGUAGAUAAUGGGACUGGAACCCCCAUGUGCAAGACUCACUUUUAUUUAGUAUUUAUUUGGAGAAUGCUUUUAUCCCACUCUUCAGCCACAGAUUGAGUUGUUUACAUAUAACAAAAAAUACAGUCCAUGCCCUCAGACUUACAAUUUCCAGACAUAACACAAGAAGGAAAUGGAUAAGAUAGAGGAAAAAAUAAGCAAACUUGCAUUCAUAUUAAUAGGUAAAUGUUGUUCUGAAGACCAGAUGGGAUAGAAAAGUUCAAGGAGAGGAGACACCAAAUAUUGCUUUCUCUCAGCAUGAGAACAUAAGCUAGCUGGAUCAACCCAAUGGCCCAUCUAGACUAGCAUCCUAUUCUCACAGUGGGCAAAGAGUGUGCCUGCAUCCUUGCUUUUCUCUCUCUUACAGCCUGAUGCAGUGGCUGCUGCCAGGCAACAUUUAAUGGAGGGUGAAAUCUUACUUCUUAGCAGAGGUUGGGGCCUAGCAUUCUUUCUCUUCUUUGAGGCAGGCAUGACUGUGCUGGGAGAUAUUGUGUGGGUGUAUCACCAUCUGUAGACUGGCUUGUUCUGUAGCGGUUUUUCACAGCGGCACCAUUGCCAUGCAAUCUGUGACUGAUGAUGGCAUCAGUGGUGUUGCCAUGGAUGCUGAUGAUGCAGCUGGCAUUGUUGAACCAUUUUGUGCUUCUUGGAGUGGCAUUCCCCCACUCCUGUUACCACAAAUUUCUUUUGCAUGUGCUGCGGGAGCUACAGCCAGGACCCUGUGCUUUAAAGGGUUGGGUAAAUGGCAGGCUUUACACAGGUGCUGGUUUCUUUCUCCAGGACAGAAAAACCUUUUUUCCUUACAUUAUUUCUGCCUGCUGUUAAAGGCACACUGGCCCUGCCAGAACAGUGUCUGGAAAGGUGAUAACUUUGUGGAAGUAGAUAUUAACAGAGAAAACAAGCACAUUCCACUGCCCCAGGUCCUCUUGCAUAACUAGCAUAACAGUAGCAUAACUAGGACCAGGUCAGAUGCCUGCAGCCUAACCCAAGAAAGCACAUUCAGACACAGAAUACCUCUGGUGAGGAGGGAAUUAUCAUAGAUGCAUAGACAUCUCAGAUGUUACCAUUUACCUCCCCAUGGUAAACUCUCCAUGGGAUGGGGACAUAGAAUGCAGAAAAAUAUGCCUCAGUAUAGAAGUGGUUGGCUAGAGCAUUUUCUAGAUAAAUUGCAGGUGGGUAGCCAUGUUUGUUGCAGCAACAACUCCAACUCAUCCUGUGGUGCCUUUAAAAGACAUGGCCGCUUGUUGUUUCAUAGGCCAGAGCCAGACAUUGGUCUGUAGGGCCUGUGCUAAGUAGCUGGAGAUGGAGUGACCCCAGAGAUUCUUAGCUCUGUUUUAACACCCCUCAUAGAUGUUGCCCCCCAUUAGAUUAGAACACUACCCCCUGCAAGCAUAUCUCUUGUGUUAAUACAAUGGUGGGGAACUGAUGGCCCUCUAGAUGUUUUGAUAGACUGCAUCUCCCAUCACCCCUGGCCAUUGGCCAUGGUGGCUGGGGCUGAUGGAACAGAGCCAGUGUGGUGUUGUGGUUAGUGUGUUGGACUAGGACCUAGGAGACCAGGGUUCAAAUCCCUACUCGGCCAUGAGCCACACUUGGGCUAGUCACUGCCUCUCAGCCUAACCUGCCUCACAAGGUUGUUGAGGGGAUUAAAUAAGGAGAGGUAGAACUCUGAACGCCACCUUCAGCUCCUUGGAUAAAAAGGUGGGAUAUAAAUGCAAUGAAUCAAUAAUAAAUCAGUUAUAAGCCUACAACAUAAAGGAGGACCAGAUUUCCCUUCGCUGUUUAAAUGGCUCCUCCAUUAACACAGCAAUUGGAUGGUCAUGGCGGUAGGAUUAUAAAAAGUCCCACCUACGUAGUUCAAUAAAGUGACUCCAGAUAACGUGUUCACAGAGCCCUGUGCUAAUCUUCCCAAAGACAAAACAUAAUGACCAUCUAAUAGUGUAUCAUCUAACCAUCUAACUCAAUCAUUCCUUCCCUGCAUGGGAGAGCAGGCUUUCUCUGCAAGUGGAAUGUUGAUUCCUGCUGCUCUCUAGUGGCAAAAACUGAAAUAUGUUGCAUUUGAAAUAGAAAAGCAGCUUCCCCCUCAAGUCUAAAAAACAAAAUUAAGCAGACCUCGCAAGAUUGUUGUGAGGACAGCUCUAUAGUAUGUGUGUGUGUGUGUGUGUGUGUGUGUGUGUUGGAGGAGGUAUGGGAUAGAAAGCGAUAGAAAGAUAAAUAUUGCUCCCUGUCCUCUUCCUUCAGCAAAGCCUUUUGUUAACUACUCUGGCCUCAUCUUAUAUUCCAAGUGCAAUGGUCACUGAUAUUAGCAGCAAUUGUUGUUGUUUAGUCAUUUAGUCGUGUCCGACUCUUUGUGACCCCAUGGACUAAAGCACGCCAGGCACUUCUGUCUUCCACUGCCUCCUGCAGUUUGGUCAGACUCAUGCUUGUGGCUUCGAGAACACUGUCCAACCAUCUCGUCCUCUGUCGUCCCCUUCUCCUUGUGCCCUCCAUCUUUCCCAACAUCAGGAUCUUUUCCAGGGAGUCUUCUCUUCUCAUAAGGUGGCCAAAUUACUGGAGCCUCAGCUUCACGAUCUGUCCUUCCAGUGAGCACUCAGGGCUAAUUUCCUUAAGAAUGGAUGCAUUUGAUCUUCUUGCAGUCCAUGGGACUCUCAAGAGUCUCCUCCAGCACCAUAAUUCAAAAGCAUCUAUUCUUCGGCGAUCAGCCUUCUUUAUGGUCCAGCUCUCACUUCCAUACAUCACUACCGGGAAAACCAUGGCUUUAACUAUACAGACCUUUGUUGGCAAGGUGAUGUCUCUACUUUUUAAGAUGCUGUCUAGGUUUGCCAUCGCCUUUCUCCCAAGGAGCAGGCGUCUUUUAAUUUCGUGACUGCUGUCACCAUCUGAUUAGCAGCAAUACUGUGCACUUAUCUGAGAGAAAGCCACAGUGAAUACAAGGAAGAGGGGUGUCUCAACAAAAUGCCUCUGCCCCCUGCCAGUGUUAGGAAGUGGCAGCAGUUUCAAACAAACAAAGGUCAGAUGGCAAGCCACCAUUUUAAUUUUCCACAAUGAGAAAUGUCAAUGGCAGGCCUCCAGGGCAGUUCGAGGCCUGUCAUUUUAAUGUCCUACAAAGCCCUGGACCAAGGUUACAUUGGAGUCAUUAUAGGAAAUGAAAAUAUCAGCUCCCCAGACUGGAGGGAGCAGGAGUGGGCUCUACUGUGGUGCUGGGGCCUCAACAGCUGCCCAAGAAUGCCACAUGCUGAUACCAGCCCUGGCAGUGGGACUUACUUCUGAGUAAACUUGCACAAGGUUGUAUAGUUAGAGAGACCUUCACCAACCUCAAGAUGUUUUGGUGUACAAUUCCCAUCAGCCCCAGUCCUGGGAAUUGUAGUUCAAAACAUAUGGAGUGUACUAGCUUGGGUAAGCUCAGUCCAAUCUGCCCCAGGGGUGGGGCCAGUGAUGCAACCUGCCUGCCAUUGGCCAAAUAGGCAGGCAAGCUGCAAUCCACUUCCACAGCCUGGUGAAGCUGAAAACAGUUCACUCAAGCCCACGAAAACCCCUCGUCUUCAGCAGGACCACUGGAUUCAGGGGAGGUGUUGUUGCCAUUGCACAACGGCACCAGACUUGGCAGUAAGCAUGAUUACACAACAGAUGAGACGUGUUUUCAAAAUUUUAUUCUCUUCUUUCUUCAUGCUUCCACCACUCCCUUAUUUUUAUUCAAGGCCCUCCCAAUUGCACCCGAUGCUACUACUGCCCCCCUGGAUCAUUACAGUGCCCCUGAGGGGGCGGUAUCGCCCCCUUUGGGAAAUACUGAUCUAUAGUAUAGAAGCACUAACACAUUGGCUUUCUGCAACUAGGUUGAAAGCAAUUUGGUUUGGUUUUUAAACAGUUUGAUAACCAUGAUGGAGUAAAAUCUGUAUGCAUCAAUGCAUUAAGGAAGAGUAUUCUGGUCAUCUUCUUUUUGGCAAGCUGCCUUUUUUUACUCUGUAGUAUAUUUCUGCCAAACUACUUGAAAGACUUUCACUUUAAAACUCAGUUAUUAAAUUAAUCUUCUGUCGUUGUAAAACAUCAAAUUUAAAUGAGAUUAUAUGCAUGCAGGGAAUCUUUGAACAGUACACUACUGGAAAGGCAAGCAGAGAAGGAUCACAGCUUAGUGGCAGAGCAUCUGCUUUGGAUGCAAAAGGUCCCAGGCUGAAGCCCCAGCAUCUCGAGGUAGGAGUGGGGAUGUCCUGCCUCAAACUGAAGAGCUGCUGCCUGUGAUAUAGGCAAAACCGCUAGACGGAUUAAUGGUUUGACUUCGUAUAAAGCAGUUUCCCAUGCUUAAACUGAAUAACAGACCACUUUUGCUUGCAGUUGGCAUGCAGCUUUAAACACCGGCAUUUCCCUUUAUUAAAUUAAUUGUGAUAUCUUAGCAUUUUAUGCAUUUUGUAUUUUCGUUUUUAUCUUUUCUGGUUGUAAAUGUCUUUCCUGUCUUUAGGCUUUAUUAUAUUUAAAGCAACAUUACAUAAAAUACUAUUGGACAGUGAUGGGAUCCAUAAGUACCCCCAAGCUAUGUACCUUCUCCUUCAAUUGCUACAUAGUUGCCAUGAAAAGCAGGCAGCCACUCAGCCAUCCGGUCUAGGGAGCCACCCACUAACAGGGCCUCAGCCUUAUCUGGAUUGAGCUUCAGUAUGUUGGCUCUUGUCCAGUCCAUUAUCGAGCGAAGGCAACUGUCUAGCACACCAACUGCCACACUUGCAGAUGUGAGUACUGCUUGCGCGCUUUCUUUUCCGAGCAGGCCGUACCACUCUGGGUCACGCCGGGGCAGGAACUGCGCGCGCCGCAUCCAUUCUCCUGAAAGGGGGCGGCGUGGACCAUUCUCAAAGAGAGGGGCAGCUUCAUUUGUGCGUCAGACCAUCGCAAAUGGAGGGAGAGGAGCCGGAGAAGAACGGCGGCGGCGCCGCCUAAGCCUGUACCAUCACCCGCCGCGGUGCAGGGGGGGGUGGCGUGAGGUGAGCCGGACGGUACCAUUGUGGCAAGGCGCGCGACGGGGACGGGAGGUGCCUCGUGCGCUUGCGCGCGGGCGGCGGGCGGGGCCUUUCUCCCGGCGGGCCUUGUGGUUGGCGGGUGGCCGCCUGUCUGUCUUGUGUGGCUGGCUGAGGGGGAAUCGCGCGUCGCGUCGGCUGCCGGUCAGGUCCGGUUUGGGAGGCUUCGAUUACGCGGCGGUGGCGACGACGACGACGACGACGCGGCGGCGCUCCCUUCUUCCUCUUCCCCCUCCGCGGCUCUGGCCCGCUUCCGCGCGUUGACGCAGGUAGAGGGGCCCUCCCUGCCCGGGCCGUGUGGGAGGCGCCCGGUCUGCUCCGCGCCUGGACGUUCAAUGCUCUCGGUGGGUGAGAGGACGACGGCGAGGAGGCGGCGGUGGCCGGGGCCUUUGCGGGAGGGGUGGAUGAAGGCGCGGUGGGGGGAGAAUGGGGGGAGGCUGAAGCACGAGGGGGAGGGCCGCACAGGCGGGGGGCGUAGGGCGGGGAGCGAACGCCGCUUUGAGACCCUUUACUUCGAUGGGGGGGGUGUCCCGGUAUUUGUGGGCUGCCUGGGGAAGGAAGUGGGUGGGGGCGGGGUGGCGAACUGGGGAGCUGCUCGGUGGGGUGGGGGAGAAAGGGUGGGAGGGAGGUCAAGACAUUAUGGGGGUGAGCGUUGAGGGUCAACAGUGGAUCUGCACAGGGCCCUUUUCAGGCCCCUCAGUUUGCUUUUGAUGGCGCUGUGAAUUUUCCUGAGUGAAGAGUGGGUGAGAGAGGGAGAGCCACCCUUGGGACUUUCGAGUUAGGAGGUUUCCGUGGUGGUGAGUGGGUUUAAGGGGAAGAAUGGGAGGCAGGCUGGUAGGGAAAGGAGAUGGGGAGGAUGCGGAAUUUAAAAGGGCAUGGGGAUUGGGAAAGGGCCAUUUUCAUACGCUGCUUCCUCUGGUGGUUGUGCGACUUGCAGUGAAUGGGGCCACGCUUGAAAUUUGGAGUAGGAGGAAGCGGCGUCUGAAGGAGAGAGUGGUUAAGCCUAAGGCAGACACUGGGAGCUGGCAGAGGGGGGAUGUCUGGGACUGGGUCUGAGAAGCUGAACUAGAGGAGGGGCCUGGCCUGUUCGAGUGUGGGGAGAGAGAUGUCCAUCAUAGUCAUAUAUUUCUUCUUGACGUUUGUAAGCCUUUUUUUUUUUGAGUGGUUGCUUAUAACUUGGGAUGGAAGAUUGAUUGUAUGGUUAAAGGGAGGAUUGCUAAGGGGAUGCAGUGAGGAAAGAAAUGGGAAUACCACAGGAAGGUUUGCAGAAAUGGGGUAGGCCAAAGGGAAGAGAAGGCCUGAUUUGGUGGAGGGAAGAAUAGUCUUUUCAGACCUCUCGGUUACUCUUAUAUAUUUAUUUUUACAUUUAUAUCCCACCUUUUCUCCAUGAAGCUCAGAGUGGCAUGCAUGGUUCUCUUCCUUAAUUCAUCCUCACAACAACCCUGUGAAGUAGGUUAGGCUGAAGUGACUGGCCCAAGAACACCCAGUGAGCUUCAUCGCUCCAUUGUGAAGGAGGAUGAGCAAAGUUGUUGAUCUGUGGAGGAGUGGUGAAGCUGGCCUGGCUUGGCCUAGGGGCAGUACUUUGUUUUAAAAGAUUACUUUUAAAAGAGUGGUCAUCAUGGAAAGGAAAUGUACUGGAACAGUGUAGAGCUUUAGCAACAUGUGAAGGGAGGAGAACUGAAGGAGCAAAAACUUUGGAUUUGGAAGUAAUAAAAGUCCUCCAAGGAACCUAAAGGUAAAGGGACCCCUGACCGUUAGGUCCAGUUGCGCACGACUCUGGGGUUGCAACGCUCGUCUUACUUUAUUGGCGUACAGCUUCCGGGUCAUGCGGCCAGCAUGACUAAGCCGCUUCUGGCGAACCAGAACAGCGCACGGAAACGCUGUUUACCCUCCCGCCAGAGUGGUACCUAUUUAUCUACUUGCACUUUGACGUGCUUUCGAACUGGGAUAAUUUUUUGUUUGAGUAGCCCAGAAAAACAUACAUACAAACUUGGUAAAGGAGAGUCAUGGUGUUGUGGGGGAUACUUAGACAAAAAAGUGGAGGCUUAAGGAAGGAUUUGUAAUUUGGAGGGGGGAAAGGGAGGGGCUGCUAGACCACAAGGAAUCAGUAAAUGUUAUGAUGGGGAAAUGCUACAAGGAAAAUUGCAGGUUAGGUAGGAGCAGUAAGAGAGUAACAACAUAAAACUGAGCCUUAGGAUCAGACCUGUGGAAGAAUGGAGGAAGUGGGUGUGUACUGAAGAAUGUCUCCCAGGGGGACCUACAAGUCUCUAGAAAGGAGGAGAGAUUAUGCAAGUGAGCAUCAAGGCUGCAGCUGCAAAGAUGUACCUAUAGCUUGGGGAAAUAAUUUGGAAGCUAAGUGGAGGUUUAUGGAAGGUCUGUGUAGGAAAUACAGAUGUUGAGGAAGGUAUUUACAGGAACUGACUGUGUUGAAAGACCAAGGAGAAGAAUGAGUGCGUGUAGGAAGAGGUGGUGGUAUAUUGGAAUGGAGUGCAGGACAAAGCCUGGAGUACGCAUGCCACCACAUAGUUUAGAGGUUUGUCAAGGAAAGCUGGAGCAGAUUUGAAAGAAAGAAACAGAGGCAGAGGUUGCUGGGGAAAUAAAUGGGAAGUGAGGUUGCAUUGAGUAGUCAAACCUAGAGUGAAGGAGUACAACAAGGAAGUGUUAGGUGAUAAAAGACCAAGAUGGUGUAAGGAAGCAUAGUCUAGUUAAAUCAUUAAAAGGGGAGACUUUGUGCUGGAAAUAAGUUUCUUGGGGGGUGUAUGAGAUAAAAGCACAGGACAGUCCUUGACAUUUGAAAUCUGCUGGCAUCCCCUGGGUUUCGUUGGCCAUGGUUUGUUACAAACCACUUUUCCCAUGUGAAAUAACUGUGUGUGUGAUUUUGGGUACCUAUGAGCAGACUAGCACUUUUCACAAGUUGUAGUAUGAACAUUCUCUCUGCUUGUUGAAUGAACAGGGAAGGUUGUGACUCAGAACUGCAGUAGUAAGGAAAAAAAGGCACCUCCCUAUGUGACUCAAAGUGCAGAAAUGUUAUCUUCACUUAGACUUCUGUGGGGUUGGAAAGUCUACAAGAGGUGGGAGUUGAGGUCUCAAACUAAUAGAUGAUUUUAUUUGUGGUAGUGAAGAGGAAUCUUUUGAGCAUGCCGUGGUUUAGCUAUAGAACAUCUAGAUACGACUAAAUUGAAACAGUUUUCACUAACACUUUGUGAAUAAUUUUCAAUUUACUGUCCACAUUUUGAACUUUGUCCUUCCAUAGAACACUGCACUAGUUAACUGUUGAGGGGCCUUAUUAAGGAAUAGAGCUGAUGUGAUUGUAGUGUUGCUUGUAAUUUUUUAAAAUUAAAAACGACCUCUUCAGGCUUCCUUUAGCAUCAGAAUCAGAAGAAUCUUUAUUUGCAUCAACCACUAGCCAUAGCAUUAAAAUAUAAUGUACUGAUUCUUUUUGCAUCUUUUCUAAUAUUGUGGUAUAGUUUUACUAAAAAAAAGUGUCUUUGACAAAGACACUUUACUGAUAAAUGCUUUAUAACAGGGUGGACAAAAAUGAUAGACCAAUUUAGGUGAAACAAAUCUGAAUUUAAAUUGCAAAAAUUAUUAUUAAAACUGAAUUUUUGACUCACUUAUAAGAAGCUGCUUUUCUUUGUAAAAAGAGAAUGGUGGGGAAAACAUACUCAGUUAUCAUACAACACUACUGUUCAUCUCCUUAUAUUUUUAUAUUGCGAGGAGAUGACUGUAAUCCUCUAUGCUUUCUUGGGAAUAAGAAGCUCCUCUGAAAUUGUGGGAUUUAACAUCAGAACUAAAGUAACAUGGGAUCAGGCAGCAGCACAAAUCUAAACGGACAGGGGACAGACUAUAAUUCAGUUUUAGAACACAUGUUUGGCCUGUAGAUGUAACAGGUUCAGUCUCUGGCAUCUCCAGGUGGGGCUGGAAAAGACCUUGCCUGAAACUCUGGAGAGCUAUUGCCAGCCAGAAUGCAGUAUAGAGCUAGAUGAAAGAGUUGUUUUUCUUGCUAUAAGACAGCUUCCUAUGUUUCUAAAGUGAAUAGAAAAUUUAUUUUUUUAACAAGUGACCGGGUUGCAUUCUUAAGAAAAAAGCUUUUAUUCUUUCUAAAGCCACAUAAUUGCUCUGUAUAGUGUGUCCACAUUUAGAUAAUUUUAUGGGACUACCGAUAGUGAUAGCCAGAAGUGCAAAAUUGUGUGUGUGUGUGUCUGUGUGUGUUUUCUUUAAAGUAUCUCUAACUACCAGAUGUUGUAGGCUAAUAGAGUGGAUAUUGAUUGUGCUAUGAUAUCUGGCUGGCCAUUUCUGAUAAUCAGAAUGCAGAGGAUAAAUGGACUUAGUCUAAUUAAUGGCUGCAGUCUGGUCUAACAUAGUACUAUGUUAAAUAACACCAUUCUAUAAAAAUAUUAUCCACUAAAAUAAUAUUUUGGGUUUGAUCUCCCUGCUAUAAGUUCCUUAUAGUAAACUUGCUUUUUGAAAAUAAAUUGCACUAACUUAAUUUUCCAUGUGACCUGGAGGACAUCAAAUAAUUAGUCAUUUGGGUAAACAAAACUGCUGUUGACAUAGGUCAUAGAAGCUUGUGGGUGGGUCAUCAAGUUGCUAGAAGCUGACAUCUGGCUUUGAAUGUUGACUAUAGAAAGAUUGGCUAUUUAUAAAAACAACACUUUCCAUCCACCUACAUAUUCUACCCUCCAUUUGGAAAUGUAACUGGGAACACAUUCACAUAAUUGGAAGCUUAAAAUUGGGAAUCCAUCAGCUAUCUUCUAAUGAUGUUAAAUUUAAUUUACUUUUGAGAAUUAUUUGCGUUCUCUUAUUUUUAAAUUCUGGAAAAUACUGCACAUUUCAGAAUCAGUUUAUGAAAUAAAAAUGCAGCAAGUGCUUCCCAAUUUUCCCAACUCUCUGCCUCUGUCUGUAAGAGAGUUUGGUCAAUUAACCUAAAAAGUGUAACUAAAUUAUUUUGUACAUCGUCACUUUGGUAUAAAUACUGGAGUUCUCCAAAAGGCAUGCUAUUUACAUAGUAUUUAUGAAGUGCCACACUCUCUCUCUCUGAUUCAAAGUACUAACAGAAUUUGGAUCUCAGGCCACUUCAGAAUUGGCCUUUUUAGGGAAUCUGAGAAAAAUAGUGCUUGUCAGCAUGACACCUGUGGACACACAUAGGUGACACUGAUGCUUUUCCUGGUGCCUGAAAGGACCAUUGAAAUGUGAAAGAAGCAUUUUACUGUAGCCAGUUGAUUAAGCUGCGGUGUGUUUUCAUAGUGCCCAUUACGGUUUCUAAGGUUUGUAAAUGUACCCAUGAUUCCAAAAGAGCAUGUCUACACAGUAUAAAUAAUGUUUCUUUGUCACUCUAGAUUAUUCACGUUAAAAGUAUUUAAGGGGUAGACUGAAGUGGACAGUAACCUGAGACUGUUAGAAAUAUUGUGGAGUUUGCACAGAAUACGGCUUGUAAAGGUGAAUGAGGCGUUUGUGGUACAGUCAAACCUCAGUUGUUGAAUGUAAUACGUUCUGAAAACCCGUUCGGCUUCCGAAAUGUUCAUCAACCGAGGUGCGGCUUCUGAUUGGUUACAGGAGCUUCCUGUACUCAAGUGGAAGCCGACUUCCGAAAGCCAGAGCAUUUAUUUCCAGGUUUUUGGUGUUCGGGAGCCGAAACGUUCCAAAACGUGGGCGUUCGGGAGCCAAGGUUUGACUGUAAUGGGAAGGAAGUGGGCACAGUGACUGAGGGAUAGGAAAUUUAAGGUGAGAUGGUGAGUUUGCAGUAGAAAAUGUUCUUGUGCACAUCCUCCUCUGCUCCAUCUACUGUGGAUAUCUACUUAGUUCCAUUGAUGAACUUAGUAGCACUUGGGAAUGAAAUGUUUGUCCAAGAACUCAUCUAGGGUAAUGGGCUCACAUGCCCUUGUUACUAAGCUUUCAAUAACCUGCCAGUUUUUGUUUCACUCACCUGUUUUUUAUUUAUAAAAGUAACUGACAUUCCUUCUAGGCAGGUGAAGCAUGGAAGAGUGUUGCUCUUGCUAGCCUGGUCAGCUUCACUUCCUCUGUAGUCAGUAUGGGAACCAAUCAUGGUGGUAAAGCAGAAAGACUGCUCAGCUUUGCCAGUCAAAUCUAUUGAAGGAAAGCACCAAUGUUGGCCAAGUGAAUGGUUAAAGAAAAGGCUGUGCUUAAUGUGUAUGUGUUUUGUAUAUAGGCAUCUCUCUCUCUCUCUCUCUCUCUCUCUCUCUCUCUCUCUCUGGGCCUGGAAAAUUGAAAAAUUCAGGGCACUUGGUUAUCAAAACCUGUAGAAAUUUGACAGCACUGCCUGGAAACUUCAGGCAGAUCUAGCCACAGCUGGAAAACAUUUAUUUGUAUCUGGUCAUUUGUGACAACAUUGCUUUCCAUUUUCAGCACUUCAAUUAUAUUUUUUUGUAAUUGCUUUCAGGCUGUUAAUCCUUAAACCCUCUGUGCAGCACCAGGCUUAGGUUUUUACAUCUUGGAUUGACCAGAUUAAAGCUUGCAGUUCUAUGAAAAAAAAUAUAAAUAUAUUUUGUGUAGAACAAUUUUAAUCACUGGCACCAAAAUCAGCAUAUGUAUAUUUUAGGCUGCUUUGGUUCUGAGGUUGUAAAAGGGAAUGAACACGAAUGGUACUUUUUCUGGGGGUACUCAAUGGUACGCACUGCUGGCACCAUUUCCCUUAGAAUAAAAGCCCUGUUUAAAAGUGUGGCACUUACUGUAACAACUUCAUGGUGAGUACCAGCACCCUUUUUUCUAGAGGAAAAGCACUGAACAAUAAUGUUAAAGAUGACCAAGCAACUAACAGUAGCUUUUGUUAAGUUAUUGCAAAAAGGCUUCUUUGUUAAGAUUUGGGUAGCAUUUGGGUAGCAGAUUUCUAGAGAGUGCACUGUUAGAAAAGUAGAAAUGGAAGUUGUUCAGGAUUACAUCAAACCACAAAAUUACAUUGAAAUUAAUAGGCAGUGUUAGUUGAGUUUCUCAAGGGCAUAGGCCUGCAGCUUUGCAACCCAUGUCCACACAAAGGGCAGGAAGUUGUUGGACCUCUGGAGAGAAGAACAGAGAAAAGAUAAAUUUGUUCCCAAAUGUGAGCAAACUGCAUUAUACAGUAUAAGGCAUAUAAAAGAACUUCGGAGGAGGAAGUGCAUGGUUGCAUGAAUGGACAAAGAGCAGGCACCUCUGUCCAUGUUAACCAGCACCAUGAAACUGUUGAAAAGCUGGCUGUUGUUCAGAAUCUUGGCAGACUCUGGCGUGUAUUUAUUAUUGGCUUGCUGAGAUGUGACAGUAUUUGAUCAUGGUAAAAUUAUAUCUAACAACAUUCCAAAACCUGUUCUCUUAUUUCUGUGCUAUUACAAGUUUAGUUUUAAGAAACAAGGAACUUUUGGAGAUUUGUCCCUCAAAUAAUUUUUGCUGCUUUGAGAAAGCAAUUUUUACACUACUCUUCAUGGCAGUUCAUUCUAAGCAUAUGAAAAAUAAUCAAGUGUGGAAUUCAGCUAGAAGUAAACUGAGUUCAGAUAAGCUAAUCUUACAAGAGGUUGCUUGCCUAUACUGGAGGGUAAUCUCUGAUGAAUGUCUGACAAAUUAGCAGGUUUUGCUUUGUACUAUGUUGUUGUGCUAUACUAUGUUGAAAGGUGAUCCAAAUAACCUUUUCCAAAGUAUGUCUCUUGCAGUCCUGGAAAGGUACAGCUGGUGCAGUCCGUCUUAUGGCCUCAGUCCUGAAGGCAACAAGCUGAAAUGCAAGCUGCAAGGGGGUCUUCAAAGGCAGGGAGUAUUUUUGGACUAGUUCUGUUUGCAGUAGGAAACUGAACUAAAAGUUGGGUAAAUCAGAAAUGUAGGCAUCUAGUACAGAUGAAUUUGUUACUUUUAAAAGUUUAUGGGUCAGCUAGAUGCCAUUGUAGUGAUCCUGGUUAAUCUCUCCUGGACAGCUGUAAGCCCAGUGCCAGGCUGUUGGCAGGUUGCUUUAUCUCGGACUCUGCUAUCUGUGAUUCAUGAGAUGAGACUAAUGGCCUGCGAGGCCACGUUUAUAUAAAGUUUCAGUCAGUGUGUAAAAAUUAUUCAGGUCCCUUCCCAAGCUUCUCUGGGUUCCCUAAAUCACAGUUUACAAAACUUCCUUGUGUUUACCCCAACUCUGCUUGUUAGUGUUACAGAACUCUAGUUGUUCUGAAACGGUGUGCGAUACCUUCUUUUGGGCCUAUAUUAUCAUUUGCCAUUUAUGUAUAGCUUCACUACAUGCUGUUCUUUAAUUGCUACUUCUCAGGCGGCAAAAGGCUCUCAUGUGCACAUAAAUUUAUUGUGUACAAACCAGUCUACAAAGAGUAAAGCCCUGUUUUAGGCUUAUUUUGUUCUAGGGCACAAUAGGGAUGAAACCUGGAAUCUGCUUUGCAUUCCUAGACUGAAUACUGGACUCCGCAGAAGGUGCCUUUGUGCAUGUUGAUAACACAUUUUCCCGACUCUGAACUACAGGUUAUUUGCUCUCUUCCCACACUUGGAGAACAUAUGGCAUGACUGUUGCAUAGGCCAGAGAUCUAGCACCAUUUUCUCCUUAAAAAUUAAACACCCCGCACCAUAUAAUGUGCAACCUGGUCCUUUCCCACAAAAUUCACUUCUGGUUCUGUUCAAUCAUCCUUUUAUAGCCUCUUUCUAAAUAUAUUCUCACCCACCUCACAAUCAAACAAACUUCUUAUUCUCUCGCUUAGUCCUAGAAUUCAGUAGUAGGGCUGAACCCAGAUUUGUAACUUGCCUUGGGGUCUUUGGGAUAAUAAAGCAAAAUAAAUCUCUCUUUAUCCUUGGGAGACUGUGGUAGGGUUGCUAGUUCCCUUCAGUUUCAUCAGUAGGACAAUAAGUUAAAGCAUUAGUUAAUUUAUCAUGGUCAGUUUUAAUUGGUGGACAAAUUAAGAUGUUGAGUUAAUUUUGAGACUUCUGAUAUAUUCCUGAAGUAAGGUUUGGGCAUGUAUAUAAUAGCUGGAUGUUAAGUAGUUGUUACCUUACACUUGAGUAUCAAGAGGUUUUGAUUUUUAAUAAGUGGGUAGAAUUAACAAUUUGACAUGACAAGCAUAUGUGGAUUAGCGUAUUUUUCGCCCUAUAGGACGCACCGGCCCAUAGGACGCACCUAGUUUUUUUUGGGGGGGGGGGAAUGAAGGAAAUUUUUUUUAUUCCCCCCCCAGGUUUGUGCAGCCAUCCCCAAGCUAGAAGAGGGAGACGGAGCGCUCCGUCUCCCUCUUCUGCCAUCAGGGACAGCCUCCCAAGCCUCUGUGGGGCAGCGGCUUGCCCCGCUAUCCCCCGAGCUUGGGGGGCUGGCGAUGGGGAGAAGCAAGCUUGCUUCUCCCCCCCGCCAGCCUCCAGAUCAGGUCGGGGAAUAGCGGGGUGGCGGCGCUGUGCCUCCCCGCUGUCUCCCGAGCUUGUGGGCUGCAGGCUGCUGCCCACAAGCCUUGCGAGCCCGGGGACCUCCCGCCGGGCUUGCAAGGCUUGCGGAUAGCUUCCUGAAGCCUGGAGAGCGAGAGGGGUCGGUGCGCACUGACCCCUCUCGCUCUCCAGGCUUCAGCGAAAGCCUGCAUUCGCCCCAUAGGACGCACACACAUUUCCCCUUCAUUUUUGGAGGGGAAAAAGUGCGUCCUAUAGGGCGAAAAAUAUGGUAUUUUAUGUCACUUUAAGAUGUUCUGUGGUUUUGGCAGGAAAGAGAAUUAACUCGACAUGCUCUUAAGCAGCUGCAAAUAUUUUUUUUCUGGAUGAAUACCUUUGUAAGACCUCUUGCUCUUAAAGUUGGCUUGAUAAUCCAGGAUGGUAGUCAAGGGACACUUUGUCAGCAGGAACUACUGUAUUUUUUGCUCUAUAAGACUCACUUUUCCCCUCCUAAAAAGUAAGGGGAAAUGUGUGUGUGUCUUAUGGAGCGAAUGCAGGCUGCGCAGCUAUCCCAGAAGCCAGAAGAGCAAGAGGGAUCAUCCGCUGCUUUCACUGCGCAGCGAUCCCUCUUGCUGUUCUGGCUUCUGGGAUUCGGAAUUUUUUUUUUCUUGUUUUCCUCCUCCAAAAACUAGGUGCGUCUUAUGGUCUGGUGCGUCUUAUAGAGCGAAGAAUACGGUAUGUUGCUCUUAAAACCUUCAUUGCCAGGGAGUUGAUACCCACAUACAGAUUUUCAGUUGUGCAAUCGCUUGCCUAAUAGCUAGACCUUGGGAGUAAAUUCCCAUUUAUUUGGGAGAGCUUUGCCUGGAGUACAGAAAUGAGGAAGAAGAUCUGGUAACUUUCCCUUGAUGUAAGCGACUUACCAGUAUCCUCUCCAUUUAGUUUUGUAUGACUUCACACAAAACUACUGGUUUUUUCAUUGUUAAAAAGGAAAUAAAAAUGGAUCUCUUCCACUAAGUAUUACACAAGACAUCCAAAGUUCUUUGGUACCUGUUUCUUCUAGCUGGAAGAGAAGAGGGGCCAAGCUUCCAACAGCUUUUGCUCUUCUGCUUAAUGGGCACACCAGACUGUUUUUUGUUUCCAUAUUCUGUAGCUGCAGGGCAAGUGAUGGUUUUGAUGUUGUGAUAAUGCUAAGAUUCAAGUGUAGCAUUCUGUAGGAGAAGAUUUCACAGUUGAAUCCAGUUAAUAUUCCAGAGCUCCACUCACACGUUUAAGGUGGUGGUGGUGCGGGGAAGGCUAGACCUCAGUUAGGUGAUUGAGCACACCUCUGUCCUUGCCCCAGACAACUUAACUAAAAUGUUGUCUUGUUUGGGAGCAUCACUUAAUGGAGGCAAUUAAGAACCUGCAAAGGAGUGACUAAGGGCACUGUUAUCUGAGUUAAUUUUUUUAAUUGUAUUUUAUUAAAAUUCUGUGGACAGUGAAUAAAGGCACACAUGACAACUGGGAGAAUCUUUUCUGUGAUUUGCCCUCCUGCUUUUGAGUACAUAAUGUAGAAUUCUUCUACUUGGUAACAUGUUGCCUAGUCACCACUGGUGACUAGAAACUGCCCCCUCCCCUGGAGACCAGUUGUUAACCCAGAGCCCCAGAUUUGCAAACAAACUUUUGGACAUGCUUCAUGCUGUAUUGAUUGGAUUUUGGUCAGUUCUUAGACCUAGUACAUCUGGACCAGAAGCCACCUUUGUUUUGCAAAGCUCUGCUGUUUUUAUCAUCUUAACAUUGAUCAAGAUUCAGUAAAUGAAGGCAGAACCUCAGUCAGUAGAUUUGUCUGUAUUGUGUGACUAUAGUCUUUGUUUUUGGAAGGAGAUUCUACCUCUUUCUGUGUACAUUUUCCUUUCCUUAAGGCCGUCAGACGGUAAGGUGUGAAAUAACUCUAGCUGGCUGUUAUUUUUGCUUCUGCCAUGUGAAAUCUAUUUGAGGGCUAGCUCAUAGUUACUCAAUGGCCUGGUUUGGGCUGUUAUUUAAGGCUUCAUAAACCAUGGUUGAUGGAACAAAGGUCAGGGCUGAGCAUUCAUCCCUUCUCAUGCUGGCUUUGGUGCAAAGAUGCUAGCUUGUAUUGAGCCAGAGUACCCUGUUGUGUUUGAAAUGUGCAACUCUGGCUUAAUAUAUGUUAUCAAAUCAGGAAUCCUGGCUUAUUUUUCUAGUUUGUUAUCAGAUACUAAAUCAGAGUUCCCUAGUUACAAUGUAAUAAGAAGCCUUCAAAUAAAUGCCACACACUCAGCCUCAUAAACCAUGAAUGACCAUCUGUCAAGCCAAGGAAUAAAAAGACAAUUGAUUACUUCUUAGAAACACCUUUACUUCACAAGUUUGUGGACUGAGCUCUGCCAGUGAAAACACCUUCUGGCCUCAAUUCUAGCAAACACAAGCUUAGUUUGAAAGCGGAAGGGAAGAGUUGAGAACUGAAUGUUCAUUAGACAAAACUGUGAAGAGUAAAUUGGUGACAAUUUGAGCCAAAAAAGGUUUUGAUCAGAUAGGAUCUGUGAAAGGGAGCCAGUAAUGAAGUUACUGUGUUUGUGGCACUGACCUUUUUGUAUACUCCUGUGAACAUCCAUCUAUGUAUACUUUUUUUUUUAAAAAAACCUGUAAUUCUGGAACAUUUGAUUUUUUUCAAAUUCCAUUUUCUAAAGUUUGAGAUUCCUCACUCCCCCCACAAAAAGUGGUUUUUUUAUUUGUAUGUGUUAGUAGACAGUUUACUAAAAUAUAGUAACCUUUGCGAAUUCCUCUAAAAGCCUGGUUUGAACAAUACAUUUUUUCGUGUUAAAUCUGUGCCUCUAGAUAGCCCACACUCAAUUUCUUAAAAUGUUUCUACCUUUGUGUUCUUUUCCUUACCUAGCUUGUAAGAGUUCUAUAGUAGUUGGACCAUGAUACCUGAUAAAGUCUCAUGUAAAAAUUAAAAAAAGUAUUACAACUAACGAAAUUUAAGUUUUUCUGAUAGUUGUUGACACAGUUGCAGGUGGAUUUGCAUUCAUUUUUGCUGAACAUCUUGCUCAGCAUUCCACAGGUGAAUUUUUUGCUGUCAUAUGUUGGUAAGGCACAGCUGAAGAAACUGAAGAGUAGGUGCAUAGUCUAGGCUUGGUUGCUACCCAUGAGAAAUUUCAUCCCCAUGAGACUACAGAAGAGAACUACAGCAAGCAUGUUUAUAUGCAGGCUUCAGUGUCUUCUGUGAACAGCAGCAGUUAUACUAAUUCCUUCCCUCUUGCAUCAAGUUUACAUAAUUGAAUCCCCAGUGCUAAAUUGACAAAUAGAUGCUUUGCAUUCCAUACCCUUUAAAUUAGAAAGUUUUCCUACUACAGUGCAGGCUAUAUGUCUCUGUACAACUUCAGGACCUGGUAGCAUUGAGACUUUGUAGGGUGAUGGACUGUCUGUGAUUUGUUUACUGGCUUAAAAGAUUGAACUCUGUUUUUAUAUGCUUUUGCACUAAUGAUUUACUGGUUUUAUGCUAUAUUUUUGUUUUAAUUAUGUGUAUUGUUUUAGGUUGUAUACCACUUAAGAGAUUUUUAAACUACUAAGCAGCUUCUAAAUAAUAUGGACUCUGAGUGUGGGACUCUGCCUCACUCCCUGCCUUGGAAGUAGGCUUUGAGACAGAAAGAUGUGUAUGCAUAUGCGGCCUCCAUCAUACAGCAUGGGUUUCUUGUAUUGGAGCUGCUUGUUGGAAAUCUUCCUUUCAGCAUUGAAAACCAGUCAUUCUUUAAGGUUAGAAGGGAAAGACCCACACAAUUCUGUUUCUGCAACAGGUGAACAUGAGAUUAGGCUGCUUUCAGCCUUUCUGAAAUUUUUAUUUGGAAUUCCCAUGUUCUGAGGACAUACAGUAAUUUUCACAUGUAAUAAAUUUUGUAAUUUGAUGUGGAUGCUGAUGCUUGGUGGCCCUUUCCAGGACAAAACUCAUCUGUAUUAACCAUGCAGAAUAUUGUGGAGGAGGAUACUGUUUGAAUGUUUAACGGGAAUAUGUAACCAGGCUCCAUAAAAUCCUUUCCUUGGUGCAUUGUCUUAGCUGAUAUACGUCAUAACCUUGGUAAGGAUCAACACUGAAGUGAGCAGGUUAGAAUUUCCUGGUAUUUGUUUUAUACUGUGCGUCACGGAACAAUUUGCCUUGUGAAAAUGUGAACCGGACUGCUCUUGGCUUUCAAGUUCCUUUUGGCACGACUUGUGUGCAUGUGGUUGAGGCAAACAGAGCACUUAAUGAAACUUUCAGCUCACAUGUUUGAGUUGAAACUGAAUCUUCCACAAGCAGUUUAUGAAAGGUAAAAGAUUUUUAUGGAUAGUAUUUGUUUCUUGAUAUGUAUUAAGGGUCAUAUUUGCCAUACUUAAGGACUAGUUCAAACUAAGUUGUGAUAAUUGCUUGAAUCUGCAUGCAGGGGAAAUAGUGCUGUGUGUGAUUCGGAAACCCUAGGAUUGCAAUCACAGACAAGGCAUAAGGAUCAGAUAGUAAUAUGAGCGCUGGCCUUGAUUAAUCGGAAUGAGCAUACAGAUCACAGAAAUGUUGUUUUACUUCGUUAAUAUAUAUUGUUCACUCUAUGACUAAAGCAAUUUCAGAUACUUGUUUGCCAUUUGAAAUCUUAAUGCUGUAGGUGUUUUGAUGCUUCUGUACUUAAAAUCUGUGCACAGCUGUCUCUAAACAUGAAUAUUUCCCCCUCUCUUAGGUUUUCCAUUCGAAUCCACGUCACACAUUUAUGGCGAUUCUGAGCGUCAGGGCAGAUUUCUGCCGGGCCCAGCACAGCACCCUGGCUGACAAGUGA